AACAAUCAUACCGACAUUAAAUUUCUUUCUAAACGUAUCACAAUAAUGAAGAUCGCUAUUAUAGCUUUCGCCAUUUUGGCAAGCGCCUCUGCCGCUACCCUUACUGGCCCAGAACCAAUACCAAUUUUAAAACAAGAGGCUGAUGUUGGCGUUGAUGGUAGUUUUCACCAUUCUUUUGAAACUGGAAACGGAAUAGUGUCAGAAGAACAUGGCGUUUUAAAAAAUACUGGAGUUCCAGAUGCUGAAGCUGAAGAAGUUGCUGGAUCCGUCUCUUACACAUCCCCAGAUGGAACCCCAAUCAAACUCUCUUAUAUCGCCAAUGAAUUUGGGUUCCAACCCAGUGGUGAUCAUCUUCCAGUAGCCCCAGUUGACGACAACACUCCUCCACCAAUUCCACCAGCAAUUCAGCGUGCUUUGGAAUAUAAUGCCGCUCAUCCUGAAAAAAUAUCAGUUUAGUAUACUAAUACGAUAUGGACUGAUUUGUUAUUUGUUGUAAUUAAAAGUAUUAUAUAAUAAAUUAUGAUGCAAU